ACGUUUGGGCCUAGUCACAUCAAUUCCAGCCGACUGAGCUCUAGUGGUCAUUUUAUCCCAGACGGAAACACGGACCAACCGACAAACCGUUGCGUUACCAUUCACCGCGAUCUCUGGAGACGGCAUAUCCUCCUCCCUCAGUUGCUUUUCGUUUUGCUGGGUAGUUCAAUGAUCAAAUAUUUUUGGAACUGUUAAAAAAAUUUUUCGUAACGCUUUCUCCAAAUGAAAAAUCCCAACGCCAAAAGCGAAGAAACCGAUUGGGAGGUGAGGCCAGGGGGCAUGCUGGUCCAGCGGAGAGACGACCAGGAAGAUGAUGACGAUGAUCUUCAUCACAAACACAAUCACGAAACUUCUGCUGCUUCCUCUGGCGGGCCAAUUAUCAAAAUCAACGUCGCUCAUGGCCCGGCCCAGCACGAGCUCUUUGUCCCCGCCCAUUCUACUUUCGGGGAAUUGAAGAUGGAAAUUGCUCAAAAAACUGGUUUGGAAUGUGAUAAACAAAGAGUAUUGUUUAGAGGCAAAGAGAAAGAGGACAAGGAGCAUUUGAACUCUGCUGGUGUGAAGGAUAAAUCGAAGGUUUUACUUCUUGAAAAUCCUGCAAGCAAAGAGAAGAACGUUGAGGAAAUGAUGAGUAGCAAAGAGAAGGUUGAAGAGACGACAGAUAGCAAAGAGAAUAAGGUUGAAGAGAUGAAGGAAACUAAAGAAAUGUCAACGGCUUUUGCAGCAGUUGCUGGAGUCAGAAAAGAGGUUGACAAGCUUUCUGAAAGAGUGGCUGCAUUAGAAGUGGCUGUGAACAGUGGGACAAAGGUUGCAGCUGAGGAAUUUGAUGUAUCGGCAGAGUUACUCAUGAGAGAGCUGCUGAAAUUGGAUGGGAUUGAGGCCGAAGGAGAAGCAAAGUUACAGAGGAAGGCUGAGGUGCGUCGUGUCCAAAACUUCCACGAGACACUGGACAAAUUGAAGGCAAGAAAUUCCAAUCCUUUUAGCAACAGUAGCAAAGCUGUGUCCGUGACAACAAAAUGGGAGACAUUUGACUCUGGAAUGGGAAGUUUAACUGCCCCUUCACCUAUGUCAUCUUCAACAGACAUUAAGCAGGAUUGGGAACAGUUUGAUUAGUUAAUAUUUGCCCCAUUAUUUGGCCUAUAAUAAAACUUAUCUGUGGAACAUAAUAUAUAUGUAUCAUGCAGGGCUCCUUUGUAAUGGUUUUUGGUUGCGGCAUUUACUUUUCAAGCCAAGGGAAAUUAUCUUUUGCUUGAAAGACAACUGGAUUCUUAAUGGUUGGGAUAUAAUAUAAUAUUUAAAUUGCAUGGUUUUAUAAUGUAUUAUUGCCUUAAGAAUUAUUCCAUUAUUGACAGUCACGCUGUUAACUAGACUCUAAUACCAUUUUCAAAGUAUCUUGGAGAUACUCAGUUUUCAUGUGGAGAAUUUUGCA